GAGUCGAAAGACAAACAUAAAUAAAACACAUACAAGUAGAACAUUAUCAUUAGCAAUGACUUCUAUUGUGGGAGAAGUGCCCAAGGCUGGCUUGGAGGAAGCCAUACCAGUAUGGUUUAAGUUGGAUUGGAGCCCGGAAGCAGAGCAGCGCCUUUACAAAGACUGGGGAUACUACUACUCCCGCAAGGGCAGAGAGAACUUUGCUCAGUACUAUUACAACAAGGCGCUGGAUAUUACAAAUGAGGAUUACAAGACUCUUUACAACAGGAGUCAGAGCAAACGUAAGAGAGCAAUGACGGAAAGUGCCCUUCAGGACUCGAGAGAUGCAGCCCAUAUUGCAAAAACCGCAAGGGGAGGAGAUGAUUCAAUAAUCAAUUUGGCAAUAUGCGACGCUCUCUACGAGCUAAACCAGUUUGAAGACAGCUUCGCUGAGCUACACAACAACUUACAUAAAUUUGCCGGUAUAAGAGUGAACAUCUUCCAGGAUCGGGUGUGUGUGCUGCAUGAAACCCUAUUGGAUACACUUGGGGUGUGCCUCGGUCCCUUCUUAGCAAAGUACGAAAAGAUGUUCGCUGAAGUUAUGGAAAAUGUUAGGGCCAAGAGCCUUGUAGACAAUCGACCAUUGUGGAAGAUAUUGAAGGAACAGGGAAAAUGUGAUGUCAUGAGUAUACCAGAGAUGGAGGAAGAAUUGUUGUCACCGUUGGAGCUAGCACGGAGAAAACGUGCAUUUAACGUGUUCAACCAAAAUUAUCUGAACGAGUCAUGGAUCGAUGUAGUAUUCCUGAAAAACUUACAAAAGAAUCCCAACCUUCUCCUGCAAUAUUGCAAGUAUUCCAAGGACUACUUGAACACACUUUCAACCAAUCAGUAUGAAGUCGUCAAAAAGUUUCUGAAAAUGUUACACACCCGCAGUCCUCUCUAUUAUAUUCGCUGCAUAAAAUAUAAGGACAAAAAGAUGCUGGACAAAUUACAACAAAAAUAUCUGUUCCGUAUUCAAUACCAGACACGUCGAAACAUGAUUUCAGCAUUACGAAGUGUUCGUUAUCUGCGCGAAAAGCGAAAUGUUUCGAAACUUAUGAAGUACGUUGAGGAGCUAAUGGGAGAUUAUGUUAUGAUUAAAACGAAUCGAUUAAUGCCAUGGAAAUUUGAGUUCAUGAACGAUAUCUAUAAUACGUUGGCUCUUGCUCUUGUGGAUCAAUAUAACGUGCCCAAACGAUUCAGAACACAUGAGAAAAACGCUCUCCUCAAAAUUCUGCGUCUUCCGACGGACAAGUCGCUCGAGUAUCAUCCGUUUGUCUUUGGCGAUCGAUCAACUCACCAGGAACCGGAUUUGGUAGAUCCAUCCGUGACCAAAUCCAGGCAAAUGAUAGCGCGCUUGGAGAGACGACUAAUCUUUGCCAAAUAUUCCAUCGAAAAGUGUUAUUUACUCCACCAGAUUGCAUACUUUCAUUUAGUACAAAGCCAUUUUGAUGAAUGCACAUUUUAUUCUGGAAAGGCCAUCAAAGAAAGCGAACAAGGCCCCAGCUUAAUUUGGCGGUUUCUUAGUAACUUGUUGAUCAUAAAAGCGGCUGCCUCGUUACAUAAGGUGGAGAGGAUAAAGGAUACCCUCGAAAAAACUCAUCAGGUCGCAGAACAGCUGAAAAACCCGAAACUGAUUAAAUUCGUAGAGACUUGCAUGGCGUGUAAUGAAGAAGAACUGUUCAUUAAGAAAGCAAGUAUCAUGAGCAGUGUCCGUAGUAGCUACGAUAGUAGCCACCAAAGCCUUCACUCGGAUCUCUCUGCAAAGCAGAAGAGCAAGGCGACGUUUUUAUAAGCAUUAGCAUUUUCAGCGACCUGCACAGUUGUCAAAAAGACAAUAAACAUAAAACUAUGUA